GCAUUCACUAGUCAGUCGUGCACAGCCGGUCGCGGAGUACGGAAGGUGAAAGACGUAUUUAACUUUUAUACCACUCGUUUAUCACCGAACGUUCUCCUUUCCUAUUGUAAUAUUCUUUAUUUUUUUUAUUAUAUUACUCUUCAUCUCGUAGACGUAAUUAGAAUAAAUUCUAACGUAUACGAUUUCAAAUAUAUCGCCGGCCUUUCUCGUGAGUCGAUUCGAAAAAAGAAGAAAAAAGAAAUAAAAAGCAAACAGAAAACAAAAAUAAAGAGUCGACUUAUUUAGUUCAUCGAAAGAAGAAGAGACAUAGAAACAAACUGUUUCUCUCUCUCUCUCUCUUUCUCUCUCACUGGUUAAAAACGUGGGAGGAAGAAAGUGAUAGAUAAAUAAAUAUAGAAGGAACUUUUCUCGUGAGUUGGAAAGAAAAGAAAAGAGAAAACAAUAAAAAGUAUAAGAAGAAAACAGAAACAAGAGGGAGAAGACAACAAAAAAGAAAAAUCGCCGAAUAGAGAGUUAAUCUCUACGAGUGUGUCGUCGCGUUUUUUUUUGUGAAGAAAGGGUCAAGUAUCAAAAAAGAAAAAAAGAGGAAAAAAAAAGAAAUCUAGAAAUGAGAACACUUAUGGAACACCAGCUGUCCUGGUUCGCCUUGUUAAUGACUGCCUUCUACUCUCUUCUCGCAAGCUGUAGGGGUGAGGAGUGCGGACACGAAGAACUUACGAGAUGCGCCAGGCCUCUCAAGAAGAUCAGUAACAACGAUCUUAGCUUCGUUACGAAGAAGGAGGAUCUUCAAGAGCUAUGCCCAGACAUCCAGGCUGGCAUGAAGUGCAUCAAGACGUAUACCGUCAAGUGCAUGAAGGACAAACAGAGGGAACACUUUAACUCUUUGUACACGGGAACAAACCAAGCGAUUAUGGAACUUUGCCAGGAUGGUCCUUACCAGGACGAAUAUCUGCGGCACGCACCCUGUAUGCAGAAAGUUAAGAAUGAGUAUGAUCUUUGUUACAAGAAGUACGAGAAGACCACUCAAGAAAUGGAGAGAGAAAAUCGUACGGCAGGUGCUUAUGGUUCUCUCAAGUCGGUUUGUUGUGCCUUCAAGGAAUAUCUAGAUUGUUCGCAUCAUACGGUACGUCGACAGUGUGGCGAUGACACGGCGCGAUUCACAAAGGAAUUCCUCGACAGGAUGUCAGAUUCGCUUUUGAAGACGCAUUGUGCAUCGUACAGUCAAAAGGAAUGCGCGAUGGAAAGCGGAGCUGAUCGAACGUGGAGAAGUAUCGGGUUGAUCUUGCCAAUGGUGUUUGUUUUUCUCACGAGGUAUUUCACGUAGACGUCCAUGACUGUUCAGUUAGCCUCCAUGGACGUCACCGAUGAUGCCGGAAAGAAGGGCAAUUUCCGUGCAGGCCCUUCGAAGGGGCUAUCUUUUCGAAAGAAAUGAUGUCAGUCGAGAGGAGAAACAACAAUUUUUCUUUUUUUUUCCUUUUUUCUUCUUUUUGGAAGACCGACGAAUAAAGAGGAAUAAAGAAAGAAAAAGAAGCAGAGGAAGUAGAAGAAGAAGAAGAAGAAAUGCAUACAUAGAAACGGAGAGAGGGAGAGAGAGAGAGAGAGAGAGAGAAUAACGAUGACGAGAUGAACGAGACGAGCCGGAAGAUUUUCUUCUAUACGAGAAAGCGUCGCUCGUUUCUGCUUCGGUACGCGGCUUGAUGCGACUAGACGAAUUUUCAUGUGAAAAGCCAUAAAAUGGGAAGAGAAAAAUUCUUUGUUAAAAAGAAACGAGAGAAGGAGAUAGGAAAAAAAAAAAAGAAAAAGGAAAAGAAAGAAAGGAAACCCACUUGUUCCUUCCGGUUAAGGUAUUCGUUUCCUUUUGGAACCGCAAAGAAAACAACCGAUUAUCAUUCUCAAGAAAUAUGGUUGACUCGUUGAUCUCGAUUGAAAAUGAUAUUCAUCAAUUAAAAAUUAUCAUCGAUCGAUCGUCGUCGUCGUCGUCAAUAAUAUUAUAAUAUAAUCAUCGUCCUCAUUCAAGAUAAAUAUUCUUCUGAAUACUUUUCGUGAUACAUUACUACGAUCUAUUAUAAUUAUAUAACUAUAAGUAUCUUCGUAAUUUAUACAAUGUAUUCGCGUUAUCAUUAAUCGUGUUAGAUUAAAACUCGCCGUUCGACAUAUACGAACAACGAAGGACCAGAAUGUUGAUGAUUAUGGACUGGAUCGUGUGUUCGAUUAAAUCGGUUAAAUAUUUAGAUCGGAUUCUUUUUUCUUUUACUUUCUCUCUCUCUCUCUCUCUCUCUCUCUCUCUCUCUCUUUUCUUUUUCUCUUUCUUCUUUUUCUUCUCUUUUGUCGCGAUAAGGAACAUAAGUAUUUGAGGAUAACGACGUAGAAAAAGUAAAAGAAGAAGAGGAAGAUAAAGAUGAAAAUGAAGAUGAAGAUGAACUCACACAUACAUUCGAGAAUAACGUUAGGUACUUCACUUCGUUACCGAAAAGCCGAUCCUUUCGAGAAGAUUGUAAGUGCGAGAGAAAUAGAUAUAUAUAUAUAUAUAUAUAUAUAUAUACAUUUACCUUUAUAUAUGUAUUUAUAUAACCAUGGAGAAGGAGAAGGAGAAGAAAAGAAGUACGUUCCGGCGUCGAAGCACGUGCCGUUUCCGGGGAACGUAGGAGGACGUGCACGAAGAGGAAUACUGAUCUUUCUUUGGGAAGUAGCAAGUUUUCCACUAGGAACGAUAGAAAAAGGGACGUAUCACUCGACGAAUAGAGCAUUGGUAUUGGUCCGUUCGGGGUUAUUCAUCGAAACGACAUCUUCUUUGGGAGGACAAAGAUGGAUGAAAGAAAGAGAAAGGAGAAAAUGAAAGAAGAAAAAGAAGAAGAAGAAGCAAUGAAGGUUAUCUUCGCACAAACGUUCUUUCUUUCAAUCUUUUUUUCUCUUUUUCUAUUUUAUUCUUUUUUGCUUUUCUUUUUAUCUCUUUCUUUUUCUAUCUAAGUAGAUAAAGUCUUCUCGUAGCUCUUCUUUUCUUCUAUUACUGUGCUUUUCAUUCUCUCUUUCAUUUUUAUUCAUUACCUGAAAAAGACUAAAACGAAUGGUAGACACGAAAACGGAGAAAAUGAUGAAUAAGGAUAGUUAAUAGAAACGUUUCUCAUCUCUCGAUCGCGAUCAUAACUUCUUUCCUUUGAUAAGAUUUUCUUUCCUUUUCAAACACGCUAUCGGAAACGUUUUACAAAACCAAUCGUUUUCGUUCUCGUUUUCGUUUUCGUUCUCAUUCUCGUUCUCGUUCUCGUUUUCAUGGACGUCGUCGUCGUCGUCGUAUUUCUGAAAAAAAAAAAUUCUAAACUCGUCGUUAUUCCUAAUCUCUCCCUUCCCUUUAAUGUUCUAAGCGCGUUUAAAGAUAAUACACGAAUCUUUCGAUCUCAUUCGCAUAUUUCUGAUUUACAUUGAUUAUGAAAUAUAUUUGAUGUUUUAUUAAAGAUUUCUUAAUUAUCGAAAAGAUUAAUGUUCAUUUUAGGACAUUAGAUAUCUAAGGAAAUUUCCUAUAAACUUUCGAAAAAAUACAAUUUAUUAUCAAGUAAAAAUAAAAGGAGAGGGAGAGAGAGAGAGAGAGAGAUUUGGCAUAGAGAGAAGGGACGAGUAAAUCAGAAUUUUUUUUAGAUGUCAUCACCUUUUUAAUAUUCAUUAAUUCAAUUCGUUUACGUCAAUACAACGUAAUUAAUCAUCGAAAUUUUGCUAAAUAUUAAAUGAUUCCUCAUUACGUCUGCUUUCUUUAUUAAUCCGUAGAAUCUAAUUAAAAGUGAAAAAGGAUCUGAAAAAUGAGAGAGGGAGAGAAGGGUGGGAGGAGAGAGAGAGAGAGAGAGAGAGAGAGAGAGAAUUAAAAAGUCACCUUUAAAUGUAAUUGACCAUGAUCUAAUGUUCACGAACGCACUGCAUGACGUCAUAAUAGGAAAAUCGCGGUACUUUAUCGAGCGCUCUUUGAUAUGUAUCGUGUAUAACAUCACUUAACUAUGGUCAGCCAUAAUAGGAUUUAAAUCUCUCGAGACAUCCCGCCUUUAACCGACGCCAUCCUACACACUCUCGGGUACAUAUUAUUCUCGCGAGACAUUCGAUCUACGACCACGUCAAUUUUCUGAUAUUAACGAUCAUCUAAUGGGGGAAAAGAAAAGAAAAGAAAAGAAAAAAAAAAUAGAAUAGAUUAAAAAUAGAAAAGGAAGAUGAAAAAGAAAAUUCACAUUCAGAUAAUAGGAUGUUUCUCGAACGGUGGUAAUUUUGUAAUCGAAUCAAUGGACAAUAAUUUAAGGAAAAAAUAAUUCAUUCUAAACAUUUAUUUUCGUUUCUUUUUUUCUCUCUCUCUUUUUUUUUUUUUCUUUCUUUUUUUUAUUCACAAUCACAUCGCUAUAAAUAAACGAAAUAAAAAUAAUCAUAUUAAUUAUUUCAAUUGAUGGCAUAUUAAUGAUGUUUAAAUUAACGUCGUCGGCAAUCAUUACAUAAAUUUUAAUGAAAAUUCUGAUAUACGUAUAUAAUCAAUACGUUGAUUCGAUUACUUUUAGAAACAUUUUUUUUCAACAUACUUUCCUGCAAGUUCCUUUUUUUUUUUCUUGAUACGUCAUUUUUUUGUUUUGUUUUGUUUUCUUUUUGUUUUUGAACGAUUUUUGUCAUUAAUCGAAAAACAAGCGGCGCAAUUUUUUUUUUUUUUUUUUUUUUUUUUUUUUUUUUCAUUAAAAUGAUUGCGAAGUAUAAGUAUGCGUGUCUUUACGACAUCCCACCGAUUUUUAUCUAUUCUAUUAAGGAGACCGAAUAUGUAUACAUGUAAUAUAAGCCAAGGAAAAAUUCCAUAAAGAAAAAGGGGUAGAAAAAAGAGAGAGAGAGUGAGAGAGAGAGAGAGAGAGAGAGAGAGAGAGAGAGAUAGAGAUAGAUAGAUAGAUAGAUAGAUAGAUAGAUAGGUAGAAAGAGAGAAAGAGAGAGAAAGAGAAUGUUCUCUUACGUACGUAUUUCUUUACCAGUAUAAAAAGGAUUUAACAAUUUAA